ACGCUUCACCGCUCCUCAUCUCUCUGCGAGCUCUCCCUUCCGCCAUAGCUUGGCAACUCAAAAACCAUUACUUUAAUUCACUUAAUUCAUUCUGGGGAGGUGAAAACUGAAAUGAACGGAGCAUUGCCGGACAUGUUGCAGUGUAACGAGUUGACGGUGCUCGACCGGCAAACAGCUCGGAUGAAAUGGCUGCAAGAACAAUUUCCAGAGCAGAGGUAUUUCAGCGAGUUGAGUGGAGUUUUCUCGAGUCAAUCCAGUCAGGGGUUUCCAAGUGGGUUUGUGGGUGGCGACUCUGUUCUUGGCGAGGCGAUGAUGACUCGGCAAGUGAAGUCCGACCCAGGUUUGGAAAACGGGUGGCCUGACUUGAGGACGAUCGAGAUGCUUGACCCUGGUGUUGCGUUUUGUCUUCCAUGUGGGUAUGGUAAUGGGUCGAAUUUUGAGGUGAAGUACACCAUGUCGAGGACUUCUGGCUGCCCGCAGUCAGUGGCAGCUGUUGCAGCCCCCACCUCGGUGGAGGUGAAGGAAAGGGAGUCAAUUGCUGCUGACAAGACAAGUGUGGCUGCCGGGAAAGAAAGCUUCAAGAAGAGGAAAGUUGAGAAGUUGCAAAACACAAAGGUUGUUGCAGAGGAGGGAGACUCUAAGAUUACAGAGCAACACACUAACAAAAGCAGCAGCAAUAAUAACAACAAGAAGAAAGAGACUUCAGCUGACACUUCAAAGGAGAAUUCAAAGGUUUCUGAUGUUCAAAAGGCUGACUACAUUCAUGUCAGGGCUCGUCGCGGUCAAGCCACUGAUAGUCAUAGCUUAGCUGAGAGACUGAGAAGGGAAAAAAUCAGUGAAAGAAUGAGAGGUAUGUUACAUACACAAUCUUCAUUCUGCACAUUACAGUCUUUCAACUAUCAUUACAUCUAUGCAGCCGCUAACUUCACCAUUUACGCUCAAUCUAAACAGUUCCUAUCCAUGAAACUAGCUGCAGUUAAUCCAAGACUUGACUUCAACAUUGACAAUCUCUUCGCCAAAGAAAUGUUUCCUGCUUGUACGGCUAGUUUUCCUGCAGUUGGAAUGUCAUCAGAGAUGAUAAAUCCUGCCUAUCUUCAGUUGAAUCCAGUACAACAAGCAGUUUCUUGUUGUGGACUGGAAAUGGGAAUGAACCCUUCUGAUAUGGGGCUCCGGAGAGCCAUUAGUGCUGCUGUAUCAGUCCCUGAAGCAUUUAUCGACCCAUCCUGCAUCCCUCAAAUCCAACCUCCUGCAAUAUGGGAUGCUGAAUUACAAAAUCCUUACAGCAUGGCAUUUGAGCAGGGAAGAUCAACAUCCUUCCCACCUCAGCCACUUACAGGUUUCAUUGAAGCCAACAACCAAAAGAUGGAGAUCUAAAUCAGAACAGUAGCCACAAAUCGCAAUUUAUUGAUGAAUUAUUGCUAAUGCCUUUGAUCCAAAUAUUCUUUCUUUGUGCGCUAGGUACAUAACAUGUAUAUUUGUAUUUAUACUGGAAAGAAAGUAUGAAUAAGAGCGAUAACUAUUAACCUAAUCUUAUGUUUCUUAAGCUGUAUAAAAAUCACGACAAAAAUGCUAUAUGGGGUACAGUGGAAGGUUGAUGGGGGAAGACUCAGAAGAGGGAUGGAGUAGGGAACAAAACUUUUAGUGCGGGUGGGGGCUAAGAGGUUGAGAUGGAGAAAUCCAUGAAAAGAACACUACGUCAAUGAAUUUGUUGCAGUGCUCUGCACUGUUUUUUACUCUCGUUCAUGAUUGAAAGACAAAAGUAAAUCAUAUCACUGUAU